AUGGACAAUCAAGAUGAUAGCACCGACGUGAGAAAACCAAUGUCACUUCCAGAUACUCUCGACCCUGCAGAGCAUCCUACGGUUCUCAUUAUUGCCCUGCAUGCAUUCGCUGAUAUAUUGCAGAUUUGCUUGGAAGCACUGGUGAUUGACGACACCAAUGUCGACGACGACACCAACAGUAACGCUAUAGAUUUCGACAUGCUUGCUAGGUUCUCUCGAAUCACUCAUCUCGUAAGAUCUGUCGCUGUACAUUACUUGACUCGACCUAUAUUAGGACCCAUCGUACGACGUGUAUUCAGACAGACAAUACACCAACCACCUACCGAUCAAGAUAUCAUUGCCACAUAUGAUCAAUACUCGCCAUCACGAGUCCUCAUGGCUCAAAUAGUAUCAGAGCUACAAGCACUAGAUCUUAAAGACGCUAGAAAACGUGAUUUACCCAAUGACUAUCUCUCAGUCAUGGCCUCGUCGACCAGACAGUCAUCCAUUGGCAAUCGACAACCGUCUAUCGCAUCGUCGGAUGGCCCAAUUGAUACUUCAGGACUGCGAAGAAGGCUAAAAAAUACAGCAAUACGUGACAUGGAUGAUACUAGCAAGUCGGAAGAAGACAACAGCGAUGAUGGCGAUGACCUGGAUUCUGCAACUCAAAUCAAAACAGCACUGUCUGCGGCUACUAGCUUUGAUAUACAGUCUCUGAUAAGUGCGAGGCAGGAUGAUGUCAAAGACGAUUUGCAGCCGAGUACUUGGGAGUUCACCAUGCCUAGGCCAAAAAGGCAACUGCCAAUGACAGAGUCAGAAUUCACAUCCUUGAGGUCUGGCUCAUUAGAAGCUUUCAGGAAUAGAAUAUUUUCAGGUGGAUGCAUACCACAAAUUCGUCUUCGAGCCUGGAAGUAUCUCUUAUACUACCUUCCAUGGCACUAUUCGCAAGAUGAAUGCGACUUUGCAGAGCAAGUCAAGACCGAAAAAUAUUCAGAGCUGAAGGCUGACUGGAUUGCGAGGCUCACACAAAUGGACGAAGAGACCUUGUCAGAGUCAGCAGCAACAACAAAAGUCGCAUCACUAGAUCCAGAUGUACAAACCGUUCGAGAAUCCUAUCAUCGUAUAGAAAAGGACGUCUUACGAACUGAUCGAUCAAUGUCAUUUUUUGCAGCAGUUGGGAUUCGAAAGCUGGAACAUCCAACCACAGAUUCAUACAAGCCAAAUAACCUGGAAAAGUUGCGCGACGUCCUCAUGACUUAUGCAUGCUGUGGUUCUGAAGGACUAGGUUACGUUCAAGGGAUGUCUGAUUUGUGCAGUCCUCUGCUCAACACCAUGGAUGGUGACGAAGCUGCUACUUAUUGGUGUAUGGUCGAAUUCAUGAAGCAGAUGAAGGAUAAUUUUCGAAAGGAUGGUGCUGGGAUGAGAUCUCAGUUAGAAUCCAUGGAGAAGCUCAUACUGGUUGCCGACAAGCCACUGCAUGAUCAUUUAGACAAGACAGGAUCCACGAAUAUGUUCUUCAUAUUUAGAUUCAUUUUGGUCUACUUUAAACGGGAAUUUGACUUUGAAGAGACGCUCUUGUUGUGGGAAUGCAUAUGGGCAAAUCCGUAUUGCCGUGACUUCCAUCUCCUUGUUGCUUUUGCAAUAAUUGAAGCGCACCGAGAUGUUAUUAUGAGAUAUUUAAGGUCGCCAGAUGAAGUUUUAAAGUACAUGAACUCUCUUUCUGGGCGAAUUGACGUGCAUGCAGCCCUAGAGCAAGCCCACCUAGCUGCUAUUUUACUGCAGGAGAGAGCAAGAGCACACGGAGAGCUUCCUGCUGGUGAAUUUCGACUAGGCCCAGUGCUAGACGCUCUGAUAUCAUCUGAGUCUUUGAUUUGA